CAGCUGAAAAGAACAGACCACAGACCAAAUAACUGAACUACAGUCGGUCCUUGCUCACUUUACAUGAUUUGACGUUUUCCCAUCGACUUCGGAGCAUAAUUGUUGAUUCGUGUAUUGCAAACAUGGCGCGAGGCAGCAGUGCAGGUUUCGAUAGACACAUCACGAUCUUUUCGCCGGAGGGCCGGCUUUAUCAAGUGGAAUAUGCCUUCAAAGCCAUCAAUCAAGGUGGUCUCACGUCCGUGGCCGUUAAGGGAGUCGAGACCGCAGUUUUCGCGACACAGAAGAAAGUACCUGACAAGUUGCUCGAUGCUUCCAGUGUCACUCAUGUAUUUCACCUGACUGAAUACAUCGGUUGCGUUAUGACGGGCAUGAUAGCUGACAGCAGGUCUCAAGUUCAACGUGCUCGCUAUGAAGCCGCUCACUUCAAAUACAAGUUUGGUUAUGAGAUACCUGUGGAUGCCUUGUGCCAGCGUGUUGCUGACAUCAGUCAGGUGUACACGCAGAAUGCAGAGAUGCGACCCCUUGGGUGCUCAAUGAUGCUCAUUGCAUAUGACAAGGAGAAAGGCCCGUGUAUCUACAAAGCUGAUCCAGCUGGAUACUUCUGUGGUUACAGAGCUAUCUCCGUAGGCGCGAAACAGACUGAAGCAAACUCCUAUCUUGAGAAGAAACUAAAGAAGAAACAGAAUUACGAUUACGACGAGACCAUACAAUUGGCUAUUACUUGCUUGUCUACUGUUUUGUCUGUAGAUUUUAAACCUACCGAGAUCGAGGUUGGCGUAGUAUCAAAGGAUAAUCCUAAAUUCCGUGUCCUGACCGAGCAAGAGAUCGAUAAGCAUUUAACUGCGAUCGCCGAGAAGGAUUAAUAAUCUUGUAUAGAAUUUCUAAUAAAUCAUGAAAAGUUCUGCUUAA